CGACAUCCGUUGAUUCUCGCUAAGUUAAAGCCAUAGACUUGAUGCGGUCGUGAAGCUCGAGAAUAUGUUGAAGUCCACCCACAAACAAGUGCAGUUUGCUCCUGCGCAGGACGCGCUACCAGACGGGUGGACAGAGCACAAAGCUCCGACAGGUCAUACAUACUACUACAAUGCCUCUACUGGUCAGUCGACAUACCAACGUCCUGUGUCUGCUCCAGAACCAGUACAACCAGGCGCAGCUACUCAUUCGACCGAGCACAACUACAUUCCCCUUGGCUUUGACUCUCAACAGAAUCUUCAACAUGUUGAUCGAUUUAGCCAGACAAGUUUUAGGGGCGGCAUCAGCGGGAGAGGGAACUACAGAGGCGGACGCGACUUCCAAGAUAGACGACGACAGCAAGCUGACGAUCGCCCAAAACAUAAAUCUGCGAUUCCAGGUUACACACCAUGGGUUCUGGUUAAAACCAAGAUGAAGAGGCGUUUUGUAUAUAAUCCGGAUACCAACGAGAGCUUCUGGAGGAUUCCUGAGGACCUCAUGAAAGGCGUAGUGGAGCUUGAGAGGAUAGAACGGGAAAGGAAGGAACGUCGACAGCGUGGAGAACCAAGUGAUGACGAGGGAGAGAAAGUUUUGACUUUCGAUAACAAGAAUUCACGCCAUGAAGAUAGUGAAGAGUACGAGGAGGUUGAAAUUACUGAAGAGGAAGACAGUGAAGAUGAUCGUACAUCCAAGAAGCAGAGGACGAUCGGAGAUAUGGAAGAUCAGCCAGUCGAGUUUGAUGAAGAUGAUAUUGCAUACCAGCUGAAGAUGAUGGGUCAAGACUAUGGACUAGAUCCUGCAGAGUACGGUAAUCCAUAUGAGGAGGAACUAGAAGAGGGCGCGGAGGGUAUACCAUUGACCGAAGAUGAUACGAAGGCGUUGUUCAGGGACAUGCUUGAUGACUACGGCAUAAACCCCUAUACCCCAUGGGAGACUUUGAUCGAAGAAGGUCGGAUACUACAGGAUGAUCGCUACACAGUUUACACUAAUAUGAAAGCUCGUAAAGAUGCUUGGAGCGACUGGAGUAAAGACAAGAUGCAGAUCCUGAAACAACAGCGAGAGAAGCAAGCAAAGCAGGAUCCUCGAAUUCCGUAUUUGGAAUUUUUGCAAAACCAUGCGUCGCCGAAGUUGUUCUGGGCAGAGUUCAAGCGAAAGUAUCGGAAGGAGCCUGAAAUGCGCGACUCGAAGUUGUCGGACAAAGAUCGCGAGAAAUGGUAUCGUGAGCACAUUAGCAGACUUAAACUGUCUUCUAGUACACUCAAAUCAGAUUUAACUGCGCUCCUGAAAGCGGCGCCCUUAUCUGCACUUAAUCGGUCAACGCAGCUAGGCGCUCUGCCAUCUUCUAUUUUGAGCGAUAUACGGUAUAUUUCUCUUCCGGCAUUGACACGAGAUUCUCUAGUCCAAACAUGGAUAUCAACUUUGCCACCAGCCCCUGAGACUUCAGAGUUGAAUGCGGAAGAAAGUGAAGAAGCUUCGAAAAGGCGAGCAGACCGGGAGCGCCGAGAAAAGGCACUUGCAGCUCGAGAGAAGCUCGUCGAAGAGCAGAAGCGGCGGCAGCAAAAAGAGUUAAGUUAUGGUCGAGGACGAAUGCGCGAAGAGGAGCGUGAGCUUGCCAGAGCAAAUCAAGUUACUAAAACCGGUCUCAAGGGACACUUUCAGGAUGCGGAUGAAGACAUCCAAGCCGCAGGAGGCCGUGGAGUUGAAGAAACAUAGCCAAUAGCAUAGUCUGUCAUGCGAACAUAGCUUUAUUGCUAAAGGCACUGCAGUAUUCUCGUAUUAAUAUGGC